AUGAGUCUCAACGAGGCCUUCAACUGGACAAGGCCACUUCACGGCUUCACGCCCGACACGCUCAAAUCGACACCUCCGUCGUCCUCGUUGUCGGGCGUCGACUUCUUCGUCGAUGCUGGACCUUCACAACCCAAGACAAAUUCCCCACCUCCUUCACCGGCUUCGCGCAAAGCUGCAGCAGACGAUGCUCUUGCCUCCUCCAUAGCACCCGUCCUUCUACCGAACGUCAUUCGCGCGAAUCCGUCGCAGUCUGCUGCAACCUUGAUUAGCAUCCUGGCAGAGCCAGGCUACGAAGCGAAAAGCGACGGGCCAUUCCGAUCGCGAGAGAUGAGCUGUGAGCUUCGCAAAAGAGUUGUUGCUCAGAUCGAUGAGACCGAGAGCCGAGCGCUCUUCGGAGCCAUUCUCGAUGUCCCCGCUGGUCGUCAGCUCUUGGCGACGUGGUUGCGAGAAUCCCUCGACCCCGCUUGGAGCAAGACUCGAAUGCCUCUGCUUCGCCUCUUUGACGAAUUGCCUGUGCUGCCGAAGGAGCAUCUGCUCGACAAAGAAACGAAUCGGGCGCUACCAAGAGCUCUAGGCUUGGUGCAGAAGAAGGGGCAGGAGAAGUCAAUCAAGCUGGCAACUGAGAUUCGCGAGAGGUGGGUGCACAUGAUUGAGAAGGACGAAGCAUCAUCGAGCAAGGCGGUCACCAAUGCAGGCGUUGAGGAAGGUGGCGCUUCGUCUAAGCAAGGCAAUAAGAAGACGCCAGCUGCUCCUCCUCGUGCCACGGCGUCAGACACAAUGCAGUCUCUCAACUCUCUGUCACAAUCUUCUGCGUACGUGUCGGCGUUAGGAAGCUUUGCAUCGAAAGCGGAAGGAUCAGCGUCGAGGUCUAAGCUAGCCCUCAGCGGCUCGGAUAGAUCGAGCGACAUGCAGAGCCUGGCCAAGAAGACGGUGACGCGGCUUGCUCCAGAUACGAAGGAUCUCUGUACAAAGUGCAAGACGCCCAUGAUCCCGGGCACAACGUCGAGCACCAGAAUCAAGCCAUCUGGCCCUCACACCCGCAAGAUCGAGCAGACCUGCCUCAAAUGCAAUGACAAGGUCAAAAAGACACCCGCACCUCCCAUGGGCCCGCCCGCGGCCAAGCGCCGCCUCGCAAUCGAGCUCGAUGACGAGACUGGGGGAGAGGCAAAGCGCCAUCAACCUGCGCCCAAGACCAAGAAGAUGGCGACAGCCACCGGUGCGCGUGACAUGUUCAGCGAUCUGCUGAGCAAGUCCGGGCCUGCUGCGUCGUCAUCCUCGAGAGCAGGAGGCAAAACAGGCGGUGCUGGGGCAGGAACCAAAGCAGGAGUUUCCUCGAGCGCGCAGCCAUCAGAAGCCAGCAACGACGCUGCGACAACUACUCCCGGUCCUCGCACCAAGCCAAGCAAGCGCGUGAAAUGGCGAGAUGAGAACCUCGUGGAGGUCAGAAUGAUCGAGGCCAGAUUUGACGGCGACGGGGACAGCGAGAUGCACGCUACCAUUGAGUCAGGCGGCUUGCACGGUCUUGAGCAAGACGAGGGACAAGCCCUCAAGUCAGCUGCUCACGUAGAGGACGAUGCGCUCGAGGAGGAAGUAGAGUGGUACCUCCCUCGCGAAGUUGAGGUGCCCGUCGAGGAGGGGGAUGACGCAGUGCCCGAGAGAGGUGCUGAAAGUGAGGAGAAGAAGGCGCAGGAGAAGAGGGAAAUGUCGGCUCUUAGCGCCAUCUAUAUGGAUGUGGCUGAGAUCCCGGCUUCCCCGGGUGAGCCGCUGAAUGCUGCGGCUGGAGAGGGCGUUCAGCCGAAGAAGAUCUCUUUGCCUGAAGGUUGGGACCAGCCACUCCAGGUUCCGGCACAAGCUGAUCUGAAUGAGUUGAUGCGACAGCUCAGGGGUGGUAGCAGUGGUGGCGGCGUGGGAGCAGGUAGUGGUGCGGCACCGCCGUCGUCGCUGGAGAGCUACGGCAUCUCUUCGAGCGGGCUUCAGAACCUAUUGUCGAGCGUCGGUGGGAGUGGUGAGCAGCAGCAGCAGCAUCAUCAGCAGCAGUACGGCGGUUGGCAGGGGUACGGAGGUCAUCAUCAGCAACAACAGCAUCAUGGCAGUUACUACGGCUACGCGCCGCCGCCUGCGCAUCAUCAUUACGGGGGAUACCAGUAG